AUGUCCUACUCGCUUGGCUUUCUGCCGGAGGAGCUGCCAAAGUGGGGUCCACCUUCGACGAUAGAGGCGGCACUCUACAGGGCGUCUCAUCACGGACGCUCCAGCCUCUCCUCUCAAGACACUCUCAAAGGCUGGCUAUGCAACACAUCCGAAUCAGAACAAGACGUCACGGCGCUGAUGCGGCGAUCCUUCUCGUCCAUGACCAUCUGGGACCUCAAGAAGAAGAAGCCGAGCAGCCCGCACAGCUACAAAUCCUCGGCUCGAACAGCUUCUGCUCAGCUCGCCCGCUCCGCCUCUGCCCUGUUCGACGCUAGCACCUGCUGGGAAUCGAGACGAGAUGUGCUCAUGCGACAUGCGAUCGCGAGCUUGCCAUCAGAGCUGCGCAUCUUGGUCCUAGAAUGCCUAUCGCUAGCUGUUCCUCAGCACAUAUGUGCCAGCCUGGCAUCCUCAUCCUCUCUGCUCUACGGCAUCUUUCAAUCUGCUCUCUAUCGAUCUCCCAAGCUCGGUGACGCAUCCGCAAGUCCCGUGGCGCUGCGCAGACGUUUGGCAAAGGAAGCAGGACUCUGCAAAGCUUUGUGUCUGGCCUCUCUCUCUUCCACGCGGCCGGUCAACGAGGCUGUGCGCGCGCUUCGCUUCAGCCAAGGAGGUCUGGACUAUUACAGCUUUGAUGUGCAGACUAUGGUAGCCGCCCUCUCGCCCUCUACGCCUCGCUCGACGUUGCGCGAAAUGGAAAUCGAGCUGGAGCACACGUGCUGCGCCGAGCUCCCAAACCUCGAAAAGCUUCUUAUGCUUACGCCGCCCCACGCCUUCAAUCUCUCGCUGCUUCACCCUUCGGUAGAAGCGCACAUCCCUCGCUUUGGUCUCGAGUCGAGUCCUCUCGCACCAAUUCCGCCUGCCGUCCAAGCCGCUGAAGAGGCUGCCGCUGCUUCAGCACCAGAUGAGUCGGACGUCGAAUCCAGCGCUGCAAGACUGGGACCUCAAUACGUGCACGUCGUCUAUUGCAUGCAAUGUGCCUACCUUCUCGUUCGCCGCGAGUAUCCACCUCCUCCACCAUUCUGGCCUCUUGCACUUCGUCCACCUCCAUCUUAUAUCACAAAAGCUGGAUUGAAGCAUCUGGCCAUCAGCUUCGUCCCAACGUGCCCAGACUGCGUGACCGACAUGAGGCGCGAGGCCUCCGCUGCUGCUGCUAGUGGAAAGGAGCGCAAUCGCGAGCGGACUGAGCUUGAGCAGGAGCAUCAGAUUUGCCGAGGCAUGUGCAAGGAGGACCCAGCAUUCUUUGCGGCCCUUCUCACCCACCCCACCCUCGAAACAGUCUCCCUGAUCUGCCGAAAGGACGGCGUUAGUGCAGCAUGUGCGUGCUGGUGGGCUGACCAGUGGAGAAUGCUCGCAUGUGAGAGCUUGGCCACUCUGCGACGUCAAGAGCGUCGUCGCGCAGGAUCUUCUUCAGCUCCAUCCGAUGACGCGCCAAGAGAGGAGUGCAAGAUCGCAGAGUUGCGCAUCCUUGAGAUGCCAGACUUGGAUUUGGACCGGUGCUCUCACAGUUGCUGCCAAGCAGCAAGUCGUCCCGAUCCUCAAAACUGCUAUAACGAGCCCAUCAAGACGUCUUCGGUACCUUGCAUGUAUCGCACGGUCGAGCGCCUUUUCGAACGUCAGGCCGACUGCUUCUAUGACGGCGAAGGACCUAGCGCUUUCUGGGACUGGGUGGAGAUGCUUCCAAUGAUUCGCUUGCAGGAUCUCGACAUGCUCACCGGAACGGCCGCAACACGCUCCCUGCGAGCAAAGGAAGAGCUACUAGCUCGCUGCCGUCAAUCGUUGCGCCGAGCACAGGAGCGUCUUACUGUCGUUGGUCCGGGAGGACCUUGGCGCUCCUAA